AUGGGCUACAACUGCCAGAGUGGAACAUGUAUCGCCGUAACAAAGGCGGAAGCAGCCUCAAGUUCCACUUCGCUUCUGCCGACUACAGCUUCUACCCUCACAACAAGCACGGUCACUUCCACGUCAGCAUCCCAAGCUUCGUCCACAGCUGGCACGACAAUCACGCCAGUAGCCCUGAAAGAUGCAGAGGACGACAACUCAUUUUCCGGCAAAUCGUUCGCAGCGGGCUUCGUACCAGGCUUAUUACUCGGAGCACUGGUCGUUGGGCUACUUGUGUUCUGCUGCAUGCGCAGGAAGAAGAAGGCUGCAUCGUACGUGGAUGAGAAGAGAUAUUCUUCAGGUCGCUACACCUUGACGGACCUCAGUCCAGCUGCUGUUUCUCGUCGCCCAACAGUGCAUGGAAGAUCCAUCUCUGAGCCAAUGGCAGAUGUGGCAAUGGGACAUCGAACAGACUUUUUGAAGUCCUCGCCUCCACGGGAUGGACCCAAUGGAGGUCUUCAAGGAUACACAAUGCAUGUGCACUCUCCUGCCAAGAACCCUACCACGCCAGCUGCUCAGGUGCAGAAGUCGCCGCUCACGAAAGGAUGGUCGUUUUCACACUCGCCCUUUGUCAACCAGGCGACAACUCCAGUACCAACUCAGCCGCCUCUCCCAGCACAUCUCAAGCGUGGCAGCAUCACAACAUUCCAGAUCGAGCCAGUGCGUGGUCUGAAGAAACAACGCAGCCAGAAGAACCUUCGCGCAAACAUUCCUAACGCCACCUCACGAAGCCCGCCGACACAUCAAGGCACUCAAAGUCGACCCGACACAAGCCGCACAGGCAGCACAGAGACCAUGACCGUAAUUAUGGACACCCCCGGAAUCCAAACCCACACCACAUCCCCCAGCACCCUCCCCACCGCCGUCCACUGCCCCCAAGACGCCCACAAAUCCCACCACGGCAUCAUCGUGCCCGCCUCCGGCAAGACAUGGGAAACCUCCGACAGCGACGACUCCACUCCCAUCGAAGAGCAGCCCAACGAAUACACUCCCACUCGUCCCGGCCGCAACAGCAACACCGCCAACAUCGGCAAGACGCUACAGAGCCCUUGCACACCGAGCAACUAUCCUCCGCCACCGCCUGUGCCGGAGAGUCAGAUGAAUAGUCUGAUGCCGCCGGGUAUGGGCGUGCAGGGGAAUCGGGACAGUCAGUGGAGGAAUACGGCGAUGACGACGUUUUCGAGUAUUAUGGAGAAGGCCGGGUGGGGGAGGAAUAGUGUGCAGGCUGUUAAGGAGAAGAGGGGGGCUGAGGGGGAGUAUGGCAUGGGGCCGGAUCCGAGGGAGUGGAAUCGGUAG